AUGGCGAAAAUUAGAGUGUCAUAUGUAUUGGUGGCUCUCUUUGUAGUUCUCAUUUCCAUGGAAGCCUCCAUUGUUUUUGGUCAAGGCAAUGGAAAUGCGAAUGACUACAACGUAUUGUCACCACUACCAUCGGGACAAGAGCAAUGUCAAUGCAAAGCAUAUACGGCCUGUUAUUACAAGACCCUUGUGUGUCCAGCAGAAUGCCCUCACAGAAAGCCCAAGAAAAACAAGAAACAAAAGGGUUGUUUCGUUAACUGCAGCAACAAGUGUGAAGUCACUUGCAAGUAUAGGAAAGCCAACUGCAAUGGAUAUGGCUCCCUCUGCUAUGAUCCAAGGUUUGUUGGUGGAGAUGGUGUCAUGUUCUACUUCCAUGGAGCCAAGGGAGGAAAUUUUGCCAUUGUUUCGGACGAAAACCUCCAAAUCAAUGCACACUUCAUCGGGACUCGACCAGUUGGAAGAACUCGGGAUUUCACAUGGGUUCAAGCCCUCUCAAUCAUGUUUGACACACACACUCUUGUCAUUGCAGCAAAGAGGGUCUCAAAGUGGGAUGACAAAGUUGAUGCUCUCAUGGUAAGAUGGGAUGAUGAGGACAUUAACAUCCCUAUCGAUGGAGAAGCCGAAUGGAGGACCAGCGGUGAAGAUAGGGAAGUCAUCAUCGAAAGAACCGACGACGCGAAUAAUGUAAGAGUCACAGUGGCAGGGCUAGCAGAAAUGGACAUAAAGGUUAGGCCUAUUGGAGAAGAGGAAAAUAGGGUUCACAAGUACCAAAUUCCAGCUGAUGAUACUUUUGCUCACUUGGAAACACAGUUCAGAUUUUCCAAUUUAUCUGAUCUUGUGGAAGGAGUUUUGGGAAAGACAUACAGGCCAGGUUAUGUUAGUCCAGUCAAGGUUGGAGUUCCAAUGCCCAUGAUGGGUGGAGAGGACAAGUACCAAACUCCAUCCCUCUUUUCAACUCUCUGCAAGGUUUGCAGGUUCCAAACUGCUACUCAAUCUGAUCAGUUUGCAAUCACUAGUGGAGGAGUUGCUCAGUUAUGA